CGGCGUUGUAGUGCUUGUCCACUGUGGCAGAGAAAUGGCUUCUUCGACGUCCGUGUGGUUCUCCUCCAAAGCACUGGCUCGACCUAAUGCUCAGAAUGCUCGCAGAAGCACUAACAAAAAACAUUUCCGAAACCCUAACCUUAACCCUAAAUUUAAAAAGCAUAUCGGCAGAUACAGACCGCCGCCUGAGCCGGUGGUGCUGUCUGGCGGCGAAGCCACCACCUAUACUCGUCUGCCUCCUAAGGAUGACUACGAAUUCUCCGCUCCUUCAUUGGAAGUUAAGCUUUCUGAGUCAAGCCCUGCAACAUUUGAGGAAGAAGCUGAUGAGUUGCUGGACGAAGAGGAAGGAGAUGAACUCAUUGAUGAAGAAGUUAUUCGUGGUAAUUUGGGAGGAAAUUUCGAAGUCAAUAAUGAUUCUGAGCACGAAUAUGUUGAUGAAGAGGAACUACAUGAUGCUGGUGAUGAAAAGUUGGGCGUUAUGGAUAGCACAACAGCGGGCAUUUCUAGCGAUGACCAUGGGGCUGAUUUCUCGGAGUUUCAAAAUGGUGACUACUUCGCUUUAUCCGACGAUGGCAAGGACAUUUUUGAGGGGGGAGUUAUAAAGGAGAAGGGCGUGCCGGCUGUCAUGCGAUGUUUCGACCGAGCCAAAAUAUAUGUGAAGGGAGGGGAUGGCGGAAAUGGAGUGGUAGCCUUCCGUCGCGAGAAGUACGUGCCGCUGGGUGGCCCUUCGGGUGGCGAUGGAGGGAGAGGAGGAAAUGUCUAUAUUGAAGUUGAUGGGUCUAUGAAUUCACUUUUGCCGUUUCGGAAUAGCGUGCAUUUUCGGGCGGGGAGGGGAGGUCAUGGACAGGGAAGGAUGCAAAAUGGGGCUAAAGGAGAAGAUGUGGUAGUGAAGGUGGCUCCAGGAACAGUGAUUAGAGAAGCAGGAAAAGAUGAAGUGGUGUUGGAGGUGCUAUAUCCAGGGCAGAGAGCAUUAUUAUUGCCAGGUGGCAGAGGUGGGAGAGGAAAUGCGUCGUUUAAGUCCGGGACAAAUAAGGUACCCAGGAUUGCUGAGAAUGGCGAGGAAGGUCCAGAGAAAUGGUUUGAAUUAGAGCUGAAGCUGGUUGCAGAUGUUGGUAUAGUUGGUGUUCCAAAUGCAGGGAAAAGUACACUUUUGAGUGUGAUCAGUGCUGCAAAGCCAACUGUGGCAAAUUACCCCUUUACAACACUGCUUCCUAAUCUGGGCGUUGUUUCCUUUGACUAUGAUUCAACAAUGGUUGUGGCAGACCUUCCCGGUCUACUUGAAGGAGCACACCGAGGUUUUGGAUUAGGUCAUGAGUUUCUAAGACACACUGAAAGGUGUUCUGCUCUGGUGCAUGUUGUUGACGGCUCAUCACUUCAGCCUGAUCUAGAGUUUGAUGCAGUUCGUCUAGAACUAGAACUAUUCAGUCCGGAACUUGCUGAGAAACCUUAUGUAGUUGCCUAUAACAAAAUGGAUAUUCCAGAAGCAUGUGAGAAGUGGCCGUCCUUUAGGGAAAAACUACAAUCUCGUGGUAUCAUACCUUUUGCCAUGAGUUCUGUGAAAAGGGAAGGUACUCAUGAAGUUAUCUGUGCUGCUUAUGAGCUUUUAAGCAGAAGUAAAGAGGCCAAGGAGGAAUACCAAGAUGGAAGAGAUAUAGUUAACUUAAACCACGUAGCCCAAGAAGUAGAAAAACGGCGAAGGGCACCCAUUGGUGAUUUUGAGGUUUUUCAUGACAGCAGUACAAAUAUUUGGCAUGUGGUUGGAUCUGGAUUGCAACGUUUUUCGCAGAUGACAAAUUGGCGGUAUAUUGACUCAGAGAGAAGAUUUCAACAUGUCCUUGAGGCUUGUGGUGUGUACAAAUCUCUCAUGAAACAUGGUGUAAGGGAAGGGGACACAGUGAUUAUUGGGGAGAUUGAGAUGGUUUGGCAUGAUUCUGAUGGCAAGUCUAGCAUAUCAAGAAUGAAGAGAAGACCCACAGACUCAGCUAAAUGGGCCGAAUGGAAGUAGUUCUGCUCUAUUUGAUGCUGCUUGAACAAGUGUACUGCAACUUUAUAGCAGAUUGCCGAUGGAGCAGGUAUCAUUGCGGCAUGUUAAUUGCUUGUGAUCCGCAGUUUGUGCGGAGAGGCCUAGAAGCUAUGGAAGAUAAUGAGAUCAUGGGAGAUAUCUGACUUAUGAAGCAGAGCUUGAUGGGCUGUUUGUCCCUUUGACCCAGCUUGACGCUUGGUUCAAUCACCACUUCAAAUGAUUUAUUGUUUAAAAGGAAGCUGACUUCUUUCUCAACAGCUCACUAGUGAGCUGGAGCAAAUGAUUUGGUGAAACUAGGGUGAACCUUAAAUAUGAAGUUUCCCAAGAAGUCAUCAUAACAGUGACAAGACAGGAUUGAGAUGGAGCAUUAGCACGUGGGCCCUCACACAUCCUGUUUGCUUCCAUACUAGACAGAAAUAUUGGUGUGAGCCAAUACAUGCGGUGCCUUUAUUGUGUCCAAAAGUGAAGGCAAGCAGCCGAAAAGAAGGAUCUAUUAUCUUUCUAUCAUGCUAUCACUCAAUAAUUCUUAAAAUAUUUAAUUAAUUUGCAUGUAAUCAAACACAGGGUAUGACUCACACAAAUGAGUAAUGACUUUGAAUUGAGAGAUCAAACUGCAGCUACUAUGCUAGCCUUUUCUUUCUCAAAGUUUUCUAGAUUUCAAGUUUACUAAUGACACUAGAUGAAUCAAAAAG